UAUGGAGCCUGGGUGUCCUUCUCUAUAUGCUGGUAUGUGGGGAACCCCCUUUUAACGAAACCAACGACAGUGAGACAUUGACGAUGAUCAUGGAUUGUAAAUACCAUCUGCCAGAGUUCCUAUCCAAAGAGUGUAAAAGUUUGAUAACACGAAUGCUGGUACGCGAUCCGGCGAGCCGCGUGACGCUGAAGGAGAUCGAGAACGACGCCUGGCUCCAGCAAGGAAGGAGAACAAGGAGACCCUCGGAUCCAGUCAUCACCAGGGAGCAGAUCUCAGAACAGCUCCAUGAUAGCAUCAUGGACAUCAUGCUCAACGGCAAGAUGGCCGAGAGGACAGCCAUAUUAGAGUCUGUAGAGAAGGACUGCUAUGACCAUCUGUCUGCGACCUACUUCCUGCUGGCAGAGCGCAAGCUGAAGAAGCAGAAAGAAGAGAGACUCAAGUUCUCGGCCAGCGACCUCAGGAAGGCCAUGGUCUCUGGCAAACCCAACCAAGGUGCAGGAGGUCCAAGGAAACCUCAAGACGACUUGCCGCUUGGUAGCUCCAAGCCUGGCAUCAACAACAACAGCAAACAGGCCACCCCUUCCCAGCCCUCCACCACACCCCCAGCUUCCAAGCCGGUAGCCAUACCUGGGGCCUGUGCCGUAGGGGGCAAGCACGACGCCCGUUCCCUGGACGACUCGCCCCUCUCCAAUAGCCCAAGAAGACAUCAGAUCGAGAGGGAGCAUCUUACCAUCCAUCCCAGGCAUGGCAGGAGUAUUGUCAAGGAGGGGAUUGGCUCGCUAGAUGACGAGGAAUAUCAACAUCAGGCUGAAGAUGAGGAUCUAGACAGUCAGGAGAGCCAGGAGAACUUUCCAGGAGACCCCCAAGACACCGUAGCCCCCUCCUCCCCCACGGACGACAUGGGGGGCAACGGGGGUAGCGGUAAGGAUACAGGGGGCAAUGGAGGCAAUCGGCAGUCCCUCAACAGCAACCGUCAAGCCAUCCAGUCUAAGAUAUGCACAUCAGUACUGAACCAGAUCACAGAGGAAGAAGAUGAGUAUGAAUCUGAUGAGGACCGAGGAAUGCUACGGAGGUUACCUUCACGUGACAAUAGACAACCAAAGACUCUCUCAAGUAGCAAGGACAAUGUACGCCAAAUCAAAUCUAGCAGUAAAAAGUUCACGCCUCCACCAAGAGGGGGCUACAGCUCCUCGGACGCCAGCGACGACGAUUCAGAAUCGCGGAGAAGAUCGGACAGGUUUGAUCUGCCACACCCGACGACGCAUCGGAGGGGGAGCAAGGAUGGUCCUCCUAGCUCAGGGAGUGAGGGUGGAGGAGGGUCUCAUAAUACUCAUGGUGGCAGUGGUGCUAGCGCAGGUGGUAGCAAGCAGAAUGGUAACGCAGGCAAGGGUAAUGACUCUGGCGGUACAAACGGUAACGGCACAAACGGUGGAGGUACCAAAGGUUCCGGGAAGGAGCGCAAAAAGAGCAAUGAACUCCGCGAGAGUCUCAAAAUGAGCAAUCUCAGUGUGAACUCUUCAAACUCGUCGAGCUCAUACAGCAUCAGCAAAUACGCCAUCGACCCUGCUAACAACACGCCCAGCGAUUCCGACGACCCCAACGCCGAAGCCAAGACGUGGUCACGGAAAAACAACCUGCGGAAGGACCACGUGACACGGUCGGACAGUAACCUCUACAUCAUUCCAAAGAACGGGGAGAAGCCCAAACACAUUCACACAUCACCGUCCAAAUCCAGUCUAAAGAGAGACAGUUCCAAUCUGAGUGAGAAACUCAACUUGGAUCUCAAUAGUAACAUGCCAAGGAGAACCUCCAAAGAAGCCAGAGACAUUCGCAAGAAGCGCAAUCGAAUCGCCAGCGCCAACGGCCAAGGGGGUAGAGGCAAGAAGGAUCCGAACAAGAAAGUGGAGAGCAACUGUUGCCGUCUCAUAUAAUGUGUGUCAUUGGGCAGAAUGUGUCUGCUCUAUGUCUAUCUGGAAAUAUCAUAAGUUAUUUCCAAUAUUAAGUCCAUAUUACUGUAAAAUGACUCGCGGAUAUCAACAAGUAAUUCUAGUCUGUUUCACAGUAUUCAUGAACCUGUUAUGAAAUGCUGUUUUAGUUUAGUAUCCUCAGGACUGUUAGUGUUGUCAUUAUAGUUCAGGUAGCCUCCCAGUUUGGUGUUCACAAGUUUUUAUCCUUCACAAAUCCUUAUGUUACAUGCAUCUAAUAGUCUUCUUGUUUAGUGAGUAAAUGCAUCUACUUUGUGAAAGUUUGUUCUUAAACUGAUAGUCAUGCGCUAUGAUUUGGACUCUUCAGUCACAACAUCUCAUUAAUCGGAACAUUUAGUUGUGUGAACAUAGUGAAAACAUAGCACACAUUUGAUACUGUGCUAUGUAUUAAAAAAAAGUAUGUGCAACUUGUUGCUUGGUGAUGCUAACAUAGCUUUAAUAUCCCUUUCGCUUCUGACGUAAUGGGAAAAAAAGUCAAUCGAAAGAGCUCUGAAGCUUUCCUUUAUGCCUCUCAAAUAUUUGUUUGUAUCCCUUUUCCUGACAUUGCACCAGAUAUCAUUAUAUAACAGCAUUGAAACCACAUUUCCUCAUAUAAUACCUACUUACAAUAAUUGUAAUAGUACCUACUUGCAACUGCGUCAGAGGUAAUUAGAAUCUAGUAAAACUCCUAUAUAGAAAAUCUCUUUUACCCACACUGCCAAUUGCAGUAAUGAGUUUUUGUUUUUUAGGAUGUGAUCAUAUGUAUGUAAGAAGGCAAGCCCGAUGCUGCAUUAUAUCAGGGGAUUGAUUUUUUUAUCUACCAGGUUUCUUUUCAGCUGUAUAUUUUGACUGGAUUUUGUUUUUAGGAUCUUUUAUUUCACAUUUUUAUCAGCCAUUCUCUGCUGCAUGUUGCAAGAUGAUUUUAUGAUAGACUUUGAAGGAAAUCAUUGCUGCUAGCCAGAAGAGAAAACAUAUUAGCUGAGAUCCCAUUUUCCCGUUUGUAUUAUCCCCAGUAGUCUACAUUUAAUUGAAUCUUGAAUAUUUGAAACAUAAGAAUUCCCCACCAAAAAAAAACAGCAAAAGACAUUCUAAUAGAUUCAUUAGUUACUGGUUAAAUUAUUUAAAGGAGUGAAUGUUUUGAUAUUGGUUUUAAAGGAUCAUUUCCUGUUAUUGUUACAGAUUUAUUAUUAUCUGUUCACAGUUUUUGUUAUAAAAGAAACAUAUUUUAAUCCUAUUCCUUUUUAUACUGAUAGAUCAAUUGUUAUUGUCACAUUGAUGAUUUUGUGAAACUAUUCUGUAUUGACGAUUUUAAGUGAGAUAUGUUUCCCUUACCCAGAUCCCUCGUAUAGAAACAAUCCUGAAUCCGGAACUGGUUUCCUGUUGAAAUCCCUCACCAUAGUAACAAGACAAUCAUUUUCCUGCGAGACUACAAAUACCCAAUUUACAUUCCAGGUAUUUCAAUAUCCCCAUCCCCUUUCCUUAUUUUUUAUUUGGCAAGAUUUAUAUUUCAUACCUUAUAAUGCUUUCUUAAACAAAACUUAUCUUUGUCUUUUUAACUGAUUUGAGGAAGCAGUAAAUAUUUUAAAAUUUUGGCGGCAAAUUUAAUAUCUCCUAUGAUAUUCACACACAAGAAUGUCAAAUUAUUUUAAUCUAAAUUGAGUUAUAUGUUCAUUGGUGCAUUGGCAGUAAAAGCCAAAGUAAAACGUGAUAAGAGAGAGAAUUAUGACAUUAUUUAAAUUAUCUUUUAUGAAUAAAUUAUUCGGGUUACAUUUCUAUAAUUUUAUUUUAAAUAAGUUUUUAAGUUAAACUAUUUAUUCAGAAAUUAACCCUUGUGGCAACUUGAUUCAAGUUGAUUGUGGCUUUAGAAAAAUGUUGUAUUUUUGUUUUGUUUUAAUGUAUAUUUCAAUCUAAAGUCACUUUGUAUGAUGUAUUUGCUGCUCAGUAUAUAUCACCAUAUUUGUGGAUGCAUGCAAUUUUGGACAUCAAGUCUACUAAUGUUUUAACAUUCUUUAUGGUAUGUGUUUUAUGCUUCAUUCGAGUACAGUUCUGCUGGUUCAGAACUUGGGAUAAAUUGAGAUCAUGUAACAUAUUUUUGUUUUAAAAAGAAAGAAACACCUGAACAUUUUUCCAUGUUUCACAAAUGUUUGUUUCACUGUUUUAGAUUGUAUGUACAUCAGGACUUGUACAUUUAUCCCUCUGUUUUGUACAGAAACUGGCUCUCAUAUAUGUUCUGUGUGUGUGUGUAUAUCAGAAUCCUAAUAUAUAUAUAUAUGGACAAUACAGCGAAUGCAAGGUAAAUAUUGUUGACUUGGCUUUUCUUCAAUGCAAGUAUUUUCGUAAUAUUUAUUGAAUAGAACUGUGGAAUUUUCGUUCCACAUCAAUACAGUUGUAUUUAGAUUUUAAUUAUAUAAACAAGAAUUGAUUAGAACAAGCUUGUGUGACCAAUUUUUAAACAGGUGAUAGAUCAAAGAUUUUACUUGUAUACAAAAAAACUAGAUGUCAAUUUAAUGUAUAGAUAAUUAAUCAAGUUGUUGAUGUCGCUUAAGUAGACAAAAAAUCCCCAGCCAAUGCUAAUAAUCAUAAUGAAAUUAAUUAAAUGUACUUGCCGAUA